GUGUGGUGUGUACAGCUGCUGUAAAUCGGGCGUGAGGAGAAGAAGUGUGAAUCCUGCAGCUGUCAGGAGCUCAGGACGACCAUGGACGGAGCCCACAACCCUGCUCUGUAGGACCGAGCACACCGAUCCAGACCCGGAGGACCGGCGGGGACAACUUUAUCCACCGCCGCUACUGCUGCUGCACUCCGACACGGCGGAGGACUCCUCCCGUCGGUCGGUCGGUCGGUCGGUCGGUCCCUCCCUGCUGGAAGACAAUGUGGCUGAACCCGGAGGAAGUCCUACUGAAAAACGCUCUGAAGCUCUGGGUGACGGAGAGGAGCAACGACUUCUUCCUCCUGCAGAGGAGGAGAGGACACGGAGAGCACACCGGGAGGAUCACAGGUCUGCUGGUCGGGGCGCUGGACACCGUGCUGGACUCCAAUGCCAGGGUCACACCAUUCCGCAUCCUCCUCCAGGUUCCCGGCUCCCAGAUCAGCUGGGUCAUCGCCAGCGGAGCUGCCAUAGAGGAGGUGAACAAGCACUGGGACUGGCUGGUCCACAACCUGCUCCACUCUCUGACCGUGUUUGAGAACAAGGAGGAUGUCGCCAGCUUUGUCACAGGAAAAGUCAAGGGCCUCAUCGCAGAGGAGGUUCGGGGCCGCCAGGCCGCCCAGGAAGACGACCCAGAGAAGUUCAGGGAGGUGCUGCUGAAGUUCGAGCGGCACUUCGGCCUCCCGUCGUCAGAGAAACUGGUGACGUACUACUCGUGCUGCUGCUGGAAGGGUCGGGUGCCUCGGCAGGGCUUCCUCUACCUCAGCAUCAACCAUGUGGCCUUCUACUCCUUCCUGCUGGGGAAGGAAGUCAAGUUUGUGAUUCCCUGGGCGGAGGUGACACGAUUGGAGCGGGUCUCCACUGGACUGAUGACGGAGGCGGUCCGGAUCACCACACGGCAGCGGCAGAGGGAAUUCUCCAUGUUCCUGAACCUGGACGAGGCGUUCGGGGUCAUAGGUCAGCUGGCUGACAUCGCCCUCAGGCGGCUGCUGGACAGCGAAGGCCUGGAGCUGGACCGAGUCCUGCAGCAGCCCACACGCAUCACCAAGAGGAUCCUGGAGGAGCAGGCUCUAAGGGAGUACGUCCUGGCUCUGUUUCGGCUCCCCCGGGGUGAGAGACUCCAUGAGGUGGCGUCCUGUUCGGUGUGGACGCCACACGCACGCUGCCACACGGCCGGGAUCCUCUACACCACUGACAGCUACUUGUGCUUCUCCAGCCGAGAGGAAGGCAGCUGCGUCCUGGUCAUCCCUCUCUCAGAGGUGUUGUCUAUAGAGAAAGCAGAGAGCACCAGUCUGCUGCCGAACCCCGUCAUAGUGAGCAUUCGGACCAAAAAGGCCUUCCAGCUGAUCGAGCUGCAGGACCGAGACGAGCUGGUGGAGAGCCUGAACUCCAGACUGCGAGCGCUGCAGUGGAAACAGUCCAUGUUCCGCAGCAGGAAGGACGGCAAGAGGAGCGUGACCUCCCCAACACCGUACUACACCUUCUACUACGACUGCAGCUACUCUGAUGAAGAGGAGAAAGAGGAGCACGCUCUGCGUAACACAGUCAACAGCGAGGCUCUGAUGACAGCCUUCCACCAGAACCAACCAGGAACCAAUGGCAACAAGAGCAUGGAGCAGGUGAAAGAGCGGCUGUGGGAGAAUCACUUCACAGAGUUCGGUCGUGGCGUCCACAUGUUCCGCACAGAGAAGAUCCAAAGGCUUGUUGCCAUGGGGAUCCCAGAGUCACUGCGAGGGGAGCUGUGGAUGACGUUUUCAGAUGCGUCUUCAGAGCUGGAGUCCCACCAGGGCUAUUACACCAGCAUGGUGCAGAAGUCGAUGGGCCACAGCAGCCUGGCUACUGAGGAGAUUGAGCGGGAUCUUCACCGCUCUCUGCCCGACCAUCCUGCCUUUCAAAACCCUACCGGCAUUGCCGCACUCAGACGUGUCCUCACCGCCUACGCUCACCGCAACCCCAGGAUUGGAUACUGUCAGUCGAUGAACAUCCUGGCGUCGGUGCUGCUGCUCUACGCCAAAGAAGAAGAAGCUUUCUGGCUGCUGGUGGCUGUUUGUGAGAGGAUGUUACCUGACUACUUCAACCGCAGGGUCAUAGGAGCUCAGGUGGACCAGUCGGUGUUUGAGGAGCUGAUCAGGGAGCGUCUCCCCGAGCUGGCCGAACACGUUCCAGACCUCUCCACCCUCUCCUCCGUCUCCCUCUCGUGGUUCCUCACCCUCUUCCUCAGCGUCCUGCCCUUCCACAGCGCCGUCUGCGUGGUCGACUGUUUCUUCUUCCAUGGAAUCAAAGCCAUCUUCCAGCUGGGUUUGGCGGUGCUGGAAGCCAACGCUGCUCAGCUGUCUGCAAGCACGGACGACGGGCAGGCGCUCAUGAUCCUCACCAGUUUUCUGGAGCAGGUAGGAAGUGAAGAGUCGUCCAGUCCUCCGUCGUCCCCACCGGCUGCAGAGGAAACCAGCAGCAGCAGUGACGCCGAUGUUUUCACCGUGCGACACACGAACAUCACCGACCUCAUCAACGACUCGUACGAGAAAUUCGGAGACCUGACGGUGAGGCAGAUCGAGAGGCUUCGCUGUCGACACAGAGUCCAGGUGCUGCAGGCUCACGAGGACACGGCCAAAGAAAACACUCUGAGGCUGGUGACUCCAGAUGUCUCCAUCUCUCCAGAGGACCUGGCCGACGUCUACGACCUCUUCAAGACGGAGCACUUCAUCAGUCUGUACUGGGGCGACAGCAGCUCUGCGGCCGCGGCGGAGGCUGCGGCGUGGCGUCACGGUGACUCCGGUCACUCCUACAUUGAGCGGCAGUACCGGCUGGACCGGCCCCAGUUUAAGAGCCUGUACGGGCUGCUGGCGCCGUGGCCCGGCAGCUCCAACCAGCACUCUGACACGCUGGCCAACCGCACCUUCACCCUGCUGGACCAGGAACGCCACAACCUGGUCACCUUCAGAGAGUUCGCCGGCUGGCUGGACACGUUAUACUGUGAAGAGCUGAAUGAGAAGAUCCGGCUGCUGUACCGUCUGCACAUCCCUCCAGCUCUGACAGAAAGUGAGGAUGACCCCUCUCUGAUGAAGAGCCCCCUGCUGUCCACAAACAGACCCCUCUAUGUCAAUCUGCCGUCCGUGACAGGUGUGGAGAGUGAAGUGAAGGACUAUCAGGAGCAGCUGAAGCAGAUGCUGCAGGAUCUGGUCAAAGAGAGGGAGAAAGAUGUGGAGAAACCUCUGCCGCUCAUGAACCAGCGUGAGUUCAUCCAGUUCUGUAAAACGCUCUACAGCAUGUUCCACGGCGACCCGGAGGAGAACGACCUCUUCCAGGCCAUCGCUACGGUUACCAGUCUGGUGCUGCAGAUCGGCGAGGCUGGUCACCGUGGAAACAGCUCAGGGUCAGAGGUCAGCAGCCAGGGGGAGGUGACCGCUGAAGACACUGAAGUGAACGCCAGCGGAGGAGACGGGAGCUCACCGGCAGAGAGCGACUGGACGAUCAGCUACGCUCAGAUCCUGGCGUCGCUGCUCACCGAACAGGCGCUGGUCAACUUCUUCGAGAAGCCGCUGGAUCUGACCGCCAAAAUCUCAGAGGCCAAGGAGAAGCAGUAUCAUCAGAGGGCGGGGCUUCUCACGCUGCAGCAGGGGACCAGCUGACUGACACACCGACCCUGAGCCGCCACACACACACGUUCGAUUUCUAAUGAAGAAAACUACAGUAUCAGUAUCGCAUAGCGCAACAGGACCUGACCUCUGACCCCACACUGACAGGACGUCUGACCUGACCUCUGACCCCACACUGACAGGACGUCUGACCUGACCUCUGACCCCACACUGACGUGACGCCUGACCUGACCUCUGACCCCACACUGAGAAGACAUCCUGACCUGACCUCUGACCCCACACUGAGAAGACAUCCUGACCUGACCUCUGACCCCACACUGAGAAGACAUCCUGACCUGACCUCUGACCCCACACUGAGAAGACAUCCUGACCUGACCUCUGACCCCACACUGAGAGGACGUCUGACCUGACCUCUGACCCCACACUGACGUGACGCCUGACCUGACCUCUGACCCCACACUGAGAAGACAUCCUGACCUGACCUCUGACCCCACACUGAGAGGACGUCUGACCUGACCUCUGACCCCACACUGAGAAGACAUCCUGACCUGACCUCUGACCCCACACUGAGAAGACAUCCUGACCUGACCUCUGACCCCACACUGAGAAGACAUCCUGACCUACUUCAACGUGAACCGGUGACAGAAGAGUUUCUUUUUCCAAAACAUUUAGAGCCAAAAAAAACCAGACGUCACAUGACAGUGGACGCGCCGCUGUCACCCAGUGACGUCACAGGAAAGUCUAAAUAUUGCCUUCUGACGUCACCAUGACGACGCCUGCAGUCAGACUGAUGUGAACAAAUAAUCUGUCCUCUUUGUCACAAGGAACCUUUUACAAAGUGUUAUUAUAACUUAUUACUAACGACUUUAUUAAGGGGGCAGUUUGGAGGCGGGGCUGUACGAGCUACUGACCCAUCAUCAGUCAGCGUCUGAGACGAACACCUGUCGGGUAGAGUUUCAGUUUGGUGAGUGAAUCUCUGAAGGUCGUCUGAAACAAUGGAGGUUAAAUGUUCACACUAAAACAGUUCUGUAAUAAAAAUCAGGGAGGCGGGGGGCUCCAGGUGAGAAUCGAUAGCGAGUCGGACUCGUUUGCCUUUAAGCUUUAAGCUCAUCACUUUAAUCAAUGGUUAAAUGCCGCUGUGUCUUUAAGAAAAUUGUGCAUUACAAACCAAAAACCUCAAAACGCCUUCGCUGCUGGAAACUGUUUAAUCAGCAGACUGAGUUCAGAUCAAUCAGAGAGUCGAUAAAGAAUCAGACAUCGAACAAGACAUCAGCUGAUCCGCUAAACUAUCACUUCCUGUCAGUCUGCUGCUGUGAGGCUGAUGAGAUGCUGAGGGUGUGACAGUGAGGGCGCCUUCACACGUGACACAUGGGACACAGCCAUCUAAACCCAUGACCACUGAGGACAAGACUAUCCCUCUGUACAUGGGACGCCCGCUGGGUGCCCUGAGACAGGUCUCUCUGAUGGGGAGAGACAAGUCUCUCUGAUGGGGAGAGACAGGUCUCUCUGAUGGGGAGAGACAGGUCUCUCUGAUGGGGAGAGACAAGUCUCUGAUGGGGGGAGACAAGUCUCUCUGAUGGGAGACAGGUCUCUGAUGGGGAGAGACAAGUCUCUCUGAUGGGGAGAGACAGGUCUCUCUGAUGGGGAGAGACAAGUCUCUGAUGGGGAGAGACAAGUCUCUCUGAUGGGAGACAGGUCUCUGAUGGGGAGAGACAGGUCUCUGAUGGGGAGAGACAAGUCUCUCUGAUGGGGAGAGACAGGUCUCUCUGAUGGGGAGAGACAAGUCUCUCUGAUGGGAGACAGGUCUCUGAUGGGGAGAGACAGGUCUCUCUGAUGGGGAGAGACAGGUCUCUGAUGGGGAGAGACAAGUCUCUCUGAUGGGGAGAGACAGGUCUCUCUGAUGGGGAGAGACAAGUCUCUCUGAUGGGAGACAGGUCUCUGAUGGGGAGAGACAGGUCUCUCUGAUGGGAGACAGGUCUCUGAUGGGGAGAGACAAGUCUCUCUGAUGGGGAGAGACAGGUCUCUCUGAUGGGGAGAGACAAGUCUCUCUGAUGGGAGACAGGUCUCUGAUGGGGAGAGACAGGUCUCUCUGAUGGGGAGAGACAGGUCUCUCUGAUGGGAGACAGGUCUCUGAUGGGGAGAGACAGGUCUCUCUGAUGGGGAGAGACAAGUCUCUCUGAUGGGAGACAGGUCUCUGAUGGGGAGAGACAGGUCUCUCUGAUGGGGAGAGACAGGUCUCUCUGAUGGGAGACAGGUCUCUGAUGGGGAGAGACAGGUCUCUCUGAUGGGGAGAGACAGGUCUCUCUGAUGGGGAGAGACAAGUCUCUCUGAUGGGAGACAGGUCUCUGAUGGGGAGAGACAGGUCUCUCUGAUGGGGAGAGACAGGUCUCUCUGAUGGGAGACAGGUCUCUCUGAUGGGGAGCUGCUCUCUUCACAGCCAGACUCCAUUUAGAAAAACAGUGAUUUAAGAUCAGUGAACUCAGGAGCUGCUGGUCUGUUGCUGCCUCCAUCAGUCAGUGUGUUUGUGUCACUGUGUGACUUUGAUGAAUCUGAAUUAACCCUUUAAACACCAGAAUCACACAGUGAUACAAACACACAGACUGAUGGAGGCAGCAGUCGACCAGCAGCUCCUGAGUUCACUGAUGUUAAUUCACUGUUUAUCUAAAUGGAGUCUGGCUUUAAAGAGAGCAUAUAGAAGUUCAGAUUCAGUGGGCCGUCUGACAGCGAGGUAAAGCAGUGUAAAUAUUCUAAAUACAGCGCACAAUAAACUAAUAUUAAUUUUUUUAAGGUGGCUAAAAUACGUUUUGCUGUUGCCCCCGACAACAGCAGGACACUGUUUGGCUUCCAUGUGGAUUCUCUUGCCUGUUUCUCCAAACUGGACAUGUGCUGACUGACGUGUACUGUGGGUCAGUCACUGACUGUGGGUCAGUCACUGACUGUGGGUCAGUCUGUGGGUCAGUCACUGACUGUGGGUCAGUCACUGACUGUGGGUCAGUCUGUGGGUCAGUCACUGACUGUAGGUCAAUCACUGACUGUGGGUCAGUCACUGACUGUGGGUCAGUCACUGACUGUGGGUCAGUCUGUGGGUCAGUCACUGACUGUGGGUCAGUCACUGACUGUGGGUCAGUCACUGACUGUGGGUCAAUCACUGACUGUGGGUCAGUCUGUGGGUCAGUCACUGACUGUAGGUCAAUCACUGACUGUGGGUCAGUCACUGACUGUGGGUCAAUCACUGACUGUGGGUCAGUCUGUGGGUCAGUCACUGACUGUGGGUCAGUCUGUGGGUCAGUCUGUGGGUCAGUCUGUGGGUCAGUCACUGACUGUGGGUCAGUCUGUGGGUCAGUCACUGACUGUGGGUCAAUCACUGACUGUGGGUCAGUCUGUGGGUCAGUCACUGACUGUGGGUCAGUCUGUGGGUCAGUCACUGACUGUGGGUCAAUCACUGACUGUGGGUCAGUCACUGACUGUGGGUAAGAGCGUCACACAGCCCCUCCUCAGAAGAUCCAAACUGUCCCUUUAGAUGUUGAUAAGUCAUUUACUAACACAGUAUAGAUGAUUUCUGAGCCAGUGAUGUGAUGAAGCUGCCGGGCUGUGAAACAUCUCUGAUGACUCACUGAUAAUAACAGAAGGUGAAAUAUGAGUCUGUGGUAAUGAAGUCAUUUAACAUCAGUGUCUCACCUUAAAUAAAAACCAAAGUCAUUAAGAAUAAGUUAAUAUUAAGGUUUUUUCAAAUAUCCAACAAGUGGAACUGUAAAUGUGAAGUUGUUCAUAUAUUCAUUCAGGUGAGGAGGUCAGGGGUCACACAGGCUGUUGGAGAGGGUUACACAAAGGAGAUUUUCACAACCUGGCAACCCCAAAUCAGUUCCUGUUAACCUUGGCCUCUAACUGAUCCAUAAACCUGUCAUAAAUGACGCAGCACUAAUGAACCCAUGAAUUCUAACUAACGUAUGAAGCCUUCAUGAUCACUGCCUUAUCAGAGUCGUACCAACGACCCUCACAGAGAGCGCUGCAGCAUUAAGACAAAUCUAGCAUCUUCUUUUUUAUUGAUUUUAUAACUUCUGUUUUCACGUGCACGCACCUCAGAAUAAAAAUCUAUUUUUUAA